CAUUAGGUCUAGAUGAGAGAUAUAGCUGAUCAGCGUUCGAGAUGGGAGAGGCAACAUUGGGUGAUGAGCUCCUGAAUUAUUUGAGUGAAUUCCCAUCAGAAAUUAUUUCAGUCACCGGAAUCAUAUUAUGCGUGGUCAUUUUCUAUUUUUACAUCCAGCGGCUGGAUAUUCAAUUUGCCGCAGACAUCUCACACCAAGAUGACCGUGCACCAAUUUAUGAGACAAAGGUCAUGACCUCAACCCUUCCUUUCACAGUCAAAUUUGCAGAAGAAUCAUCGGCUCCAGCAUCAUUAAAAGAUGGAGUGGAGCUUACAGUGCAGACUGGAGUACCCUGCUUCCUUCAAGGGUUUUGGGUAGUUGACUGUACAGCCUUCUCAGAAAUGUUGAGAUCAACUAGAACUGAAAGGACAAGAGACCUAGAAGAGAAGCUGCAGGACAUUUCAUGUUCCAGCUCAAACAAAUAUUUCUUGAAUGCAGAUACAUCCAAAUCUAUUCAUUUGAAAAUCAGUGAUGACAUCAGGGGAGACAAAGCAGGAUCUGGAAGUGAGACUGACCUCGACCUUGGCCCAACCCCAAGGUCAAAGUAUCCUCUAGUUAUCCUUGUGAGUCUGCAUGAUGAAGACUACGAAACCUGGUCACACAAUGUAUCCAUUCACACCAUGCUGUGGGUUGUCCAUCUACCAGACAGCAUAAUCACCAAACCUCUUCAUAUCAUCAGUCAAAUGCUCAUCACAUCUCAAGGAUUAGUUUGUGAUGUACAGAAAAUGUACAUGGCUGCAGAUGAGACCAGUUUGUCAGAGGAAACAGGAAGUCUUCCUGAGGUACAAACUCCAGGUGAUGAUGAUAAUAGUAGACCCUGCAAUGAACACCAAGUUCCACCUGCUUCUCAUGGUGGAGAUUGCCCCAGUGAUGGAGGACUGGAUUUCAGUAGGCGCUGUAUUGUUUGCCAGAAUGCUCCCAUCACGCGGGUGAUCAUACCGUGUAGGCAUGCCUGUGUAUGUGAGAUGUGCCUGGGAGUCUUGAAUGCUUGUCCAAUGUGUCGAGGAGUCAUCAGUAGCCAUUUUAGACUUGACUGCACUGGAAACAGAGAGGAUGAUAGUGAUGAAAUAGAAGAUGGGGAGAGUGACUGGAAAACAAGACUAUGGAAUAUGAAUGAGACAUUGAACGCAUGGUUUGGAUUCAGAUGACACAUGGUCAAGUGAAUGUCUAUUUUGCAAACUACCAACCAUUGAAAAGGCAAACUGAAAGUAAACUGAAAACUGAAAGUAGGAGUGAAGAAUAAUCAAAUUUAAAAUCUUGUGCAAUUGGUGAAAUUCUUAUAUAUUUUGUAUUGUAGUAUCAUAUUUUUAUGUGAUUAAAGAAAUACAAUUAUGGACUUUACUUCAUGAAAACAUGAUUUUUGUUGUUAUCAUUUUAAUAGGAAUGCUUGUUAUGCCCUUGUGUGAGAUGCCUUUACUUUGAAACUAUUUCAAUUUUUAGCAUUGAUCCUGCAUAUUUCACCUCAUUUUAUCAACAAUAUACAACCCCCAAGAAAAAUUCAUCCCAUUUCCCUCUCAUCCUAAACUUAUCUCCAAGCUUUAUAUAGAGAAAUACAAACACCAAUUUGUGUAGUUCGUUUGUAGGAUUUGAUAUUAGUUUUCUCUCUUACAAAGCUCAUCUCGAGUUCUGGUAAUUUAAACACAUUUCAAGACAAAUUGGCCAUAUUUGAUUCUGAAGAUGUACCCAAAUUGAAUUAAGACAUUAGUGAAUAGUCCACAUCCAUUCCUGACUACAUCAUCAUCAUCAUCAUUGGUUUUACAAGAUAACACAGAGGAGUCUAUACAAAGUUUCUUUAGUGAUGUGUUUUUAUUAAUAGAGGAUCCACCUGUAUCCACAUGACAAUGAAAUCAUUUCAAUUCAAUAACAAUCAAGAAGCAGCAUGGCAUGUUGAAUAUCUACAUUGUAUCACAUGCAUGUGCACCAAUCAUGCAAUAAGAAUUUACAAAAUAUACUUUUCUCUCCUUGAAAUUUAGGGAGACGACACAAAGCAAAGGGUAUAUCCUAUAGGGUGCAUUACGAGAUAUACACGAGAGAAAUGGUAAGCAGAAAACAGGAUCAUUAAUUUCUUGAGGAUUCUCUACAUACAUUUAUCAAUAAUUGUUUGAAAUGAUAAUAUAACAUUUUCCCCUCAAGUCGGUUUUAUUGUUAGUGGAAAGAAAUCAAAGUACACAACAUGACAUUGGAAAUGCAAGAAAAAGCAGAAAUUGUCUGAUGUUAACCUUGGGUUCUGAUUUUCUUGAGUUUCAGCUGAUUGUGGAAAUUAGAUGUACUUUAAUAAUAAAUCAUUCUUAAUGUGAAGAUGAUAUAUCUUCUAUAACUCCUACUCACAGUUUAAGUCUUUGUUUAAAACGUUUCUGUUCUCAACAUAUUAGUUUGUUUAAUUAUGUCUUACAUUGUACCACCCUUAUAUAACUUUUAUUAUUGUAAUAUGCUUUGUAUUGUAUUAUUCUAUUAUUGCAAAUUAUGUCCUGAAGUAUGUUAAACUUUAACUUAUGUGUAUUUUACUUUCUUUCUUAAACUACUUUAUGGUCAUAUGCCCAGAAUUAUACAAUUUCAAAACAACUGUGCCAGGAGUGUCAUUUUUGACAGACAUGGUGCAUUAUAAAUGUUCACUAUUAUUAUUAUUAUUAUUAUAAAGACAAACUGGUAAUCGUAUUCCAGUCACAAUACCUGAAAGGAUUGAGUGUGCAUAUAUGGAAUACAUUUAACAUUCAUAAUAUUUAACAAAAACAUAGAAUACAUACUACACUAAUAGCAUGUACGCAUGUAUAGUAAUAUACCUAUGAUGAAAUGUCAGACUACUUGAGAAACACUUGGAAAUGGGAGAUAAGGGGCAUUAGGACUAUUUAGCAUAAACAUGUAAAUAUGUAUCUGACUUGUGAAUAUGCAGUUAUGUACACGAUGAAGUUUUGCUAUACUUAUUUGUUUACUGAGAGCCACAGUAGAUUUACCUCAUCACAUUUUCCAAUGAUUAAUGCCCUUCAAUCUCUCUGCAUACAGUUAACACAAUGUUCAGCUUUGUAAUCAUGCAAUAAUACAAUAUUUCUUUAAAAAACUUACUAGAGGAUAAGUGAUGAACAAAAUAUUCUUGCCCAGGAGGCAGGAAUUUCAUUUGUAACUUGUCCUCCAGUAUGUUUUUUUUCCAUGCUGGGAGGAAGUAUGUAAAAAUAGUAAUUCAUAUAAAAUAAGUAUAUGCUUGUUUAUUUUUUGCUCCAUCACAACUAGACAAUUGAAGUUGUAUAUUUUUAAUAGACAAGGCCAAGCCUCCCCCACCCCCAAGGAAAAGAUUGGUGCAAGUUGAUCAGCAUAAAAGCAGAUUUCAAAACAAGUAUUUACCCUACAAGAGGGGAAAAAAAUUGCCUGUCCAGGUUUUGACACGUCAAUAAUUUGUUUGUACCUACAGCAAACCUAGCACAAUAUAAGUAAUACUACUACUAUAGUUAUAGUUAUAUUUAAAGCUGAAUUUCUAUUAAAGCCUUUAAGCAGCAGCAUUUUUAUAGAAUCUGUCAAAAUCUCAGGAUACACACCAUACAUUCACCAUUGCUUCAAAGUUCAUAUAAAAAUAAGAUUUUUCACUGACCAGUAUUCAUUGAAAAUAUAGAUCAAUUUACGUCAUACAUGUAUAUGAUUCCUAUAUCAGACAUAUUAAUAGAUUGAGAUAAACAAUACAAAGACAAAGCUCUCCUGAGUAUGAUACAUUUGAGGUGAUGCAAGCGCAGGGUAGGUGACUAGAAAUGCAAAAUGGUACAAGUACGUAUUCCUUUGAAGUGCAUUGGGAGCUAGCUAUACAGUUAUAUUCUAGAUCAUGAUGUGAUAUGUAAGAUGUGCGUGAAGUGCAAGAACAACCAGGAGUGAGAACUAAUGGUGAAGUGCUGGGACCGAAUCAUAUAUCAACACCUCUGUUUUCAACUUUAGAACAGAAAAUGUAAGAAACUUAAAUUCUCUUUGAUUUAUCUAAAACAUCAACAAUUUUCCUUCAGUCUGCUUAGAUUGAUUUCAUUGAUGAAUAACUUAAUAUGGAUGUUGGUCAACAUAUACAUAUAUAGUUAUCUCGGUUACUAGUCAACCAGUUCACACUUUUGAAUUAUGGAAGAACAAAUCACUUUAUACCACUGUUUUUAACCACAUAUUUGUUUUUCAAUAACCAUUUGGAAUAUGGAAAAGGUUUACUAGAUCAUGGCCAAAAAAUGUGACAUUGACAUUGACUAUAAGUGUUCCCAUCAUAUGCCUCAGAAAUAAGGUGCAUUAUUUGUUGGGCAAGUGAGACAGGCUGUGCACAUUCUUUAAGCAUUGCAGAUCAAGCAAGGAAGUGGCCACACUCUGUCAUGGUUUUCAAUCUCAAUUGUCAUCAAAUAUGAACACUCCUUUCCCUAAAAUUCUCUUCCAUUCUAAGUUACGCAUAAAUGAAAGAAAUAUGAAUUUUCUAAGAGAGAAAGUAGUAAUAUUUAAGAAGAGACAGGCAUGCUGACACUAUUUGGCUAACAUGACCUUGGUCAAACUUCAAUAGAAUUGAGAUGUUCAGUGUGUUAAGGCAAAAUGUUGAGAUUGUCUCCAAAAGGAUGAGCCAUAGCAAAAGAUGAUGAAUAGGAGUACAAGAGAAUCGCAUCUAAAAUAUGACAAUGUCUUAUUCAACAAACUCAGAAGGAAAAUGAAUAAAAACAAAACAUCAAUAACACAAAGAUAUAAAAUACGGGGAAUUUGAAUAAAACCUUUUUUAAUUCUUUAAUCAGGAUUAGAAUAUAAAGAAGUGAACAUAGCAUUACAGUGGGAGAAUUAUCUUUUGUUUACAGCCAGAAUAUAAUGUAACUGAAGGUCAUUGUAGGAAAUAGCAUAUAGAAUACAUGUACAUCAAAAUUAGAUAUGGACGGGAAUUUGUUUCGAAUAAGAUGUUUAAAAUAAUCUCAAUAAUAGAUAACGGUGAUCUUUAAUGCAAUAUCAUCAUUGAUAUAUUUUGAUAUUACUUUCUAAAUAUUUCAUUUGGGCACUGCCUUGUUGAUUUUAAAUCGUUCUUACAUUUAAAUAAUUUUUCUGCCCAAGCUACUUUUUCUUUGCUAACUAAUGCAAAAUUGUAAUCAUGUGUACCACUACUCAAAUAGAUUGAAUUCUGUCCAAA